AUGGAAAGCGGGGAACUUGCAAAAAGACUUUCCUUAUUAGAAGAUCAGAAAAAUUUAUUACUAGCAAACGCAAAACAAAACGGUUGGUUUUGCGACGACGACGACGACUCUUCGGUAGAUUAUAGAGAGGAAACUGUAGAAAAAUUAACACCUGUAAACAUGGUCCAUGCUGAAGAUAUAUUGGUCGAACGACAAAGUCUUUCAACUUUGGAGUUCAGAGUGUAUCACUUGGAAAAAUCGAUCUUUGGGCACGAAGCACGUUCUAAUAAAGUUUUGGCUUACGAAAGAUUAAAAGAGCAACUUACAUUGCUAAAACGAGUUGACGAAAUUAAGAAAGAGUUUAACGCUAUAAUCCGUGAUGGAGCCGAUGGAUUGAAAUCUUUUCUCGAGAUUUACGACCAGGUUUCGGAACUCAUAUCUCCUUUCAAAGACUCGGCACUUGCAAUGGAAAGAGCUAUACUCACGCCUGAGGCUAAAGCAGAAAUCAUUUGCUCGUCGGCCGAAGAAUUAGAAACGGUAGCAGAGAAUUUGAAACAGAUUGAGGAGUUGAAGGGUAUAAUUGAUGCGCCCGAAUUUAAAGGUCUUGAUAAACUCUUUCCUCAAAUUACACCCAUCGAAACCGAAAACAUUAGCCAAAUAUCUAAAACAAAUGAAAUGUCUACUCGCUUAACAUCCUUAAUGGAUAGAUAUAACAACACCGUAUCCUUUUCAACCGACAUUAACACACUUUCAGAAAUCUUUAUUUCCUGGGAUCACAUUCUUUCGACACUUGACGUUAAUAUAUCUGCGUUGGAGCGAGCGAAAGCAAGGGGUUAA